AUGGAAGUUGCAUCAGUUGCCCACGUGGGUGGCCAACAGGAUGGCUGUGUGCCUGGCUUCCAGGUCAAACAAUACCAGGUGGCGUACAGUGGACCUAUCCAGAGAGGCCAGCCACUUAUACAAGUCGAGUUUGAUGAUUGUGCGGGUAACAAGGACGUGGAGUUUGAGGUGUCGAACCCCAGCUUUCAUGUGAAUCGCGAUUUGUACGUGGUUCCUCAUCGAGACGUCUCCUACAGCGGGCCAAUCAUGUUCAUCCACGGGCACAGUGCGCAUGCAGAUGACAUGGCACAGGUGGACAUCACCGGACCACCGCCACGCAGUCUCAAGGACAUCUUGGAUCUUGGCCAGAUGCUGCCAUACAGAACUAAGAGAUCCCUGCUGGUCCCUCCUGUGAUCGUUACAGAGAACCAGAGAGCCUCCUUCCCCAAGGUCAUUGGCCGGUCUCAUGUGAUUUCAUCAGAGAAGUCAGGGAACCAUUUUUUCCGACUGACGGGCCCCGGUGCUGACCAGGACCCCAAAGGUCUCUUCACCAUUGACAUAGACACAGGAGACGUGUCAGUCAGCCGCUCACUGGACCGGGAGGACUUUGACUCCUACGAGCUGGAAGUAUCAAUCUCAGACUUCGAAGGGAACACUGUGGAGGGACCGGCCUUACUAUUGAUCACUGUCAUCGACCAGAACGACAACCGACCCAUCUUUAAAGAGACGCGUUACACAGGAGAAGUGCUGGAGGGAUCCCCUACAGGAACCACAGUGAUGACAAUGACGGCUUUCGACGCAGAUGACCCCGCCACCGAUAACGCUGCGUUGCGCUACAACAUCAUCAGGCAGUCUCCAGACAAACCCUCCCCCAACAUGUUCUACAUCGACGCAGAAAAAGGCGACAUCGUCACCGUCAUCUCCCCUACGUUACUUGACAGAGAGACGCUGCCAACCACAACAUAUGAGUUAGAGAUCGUGGCCAAGGACAUGGCAGGAAGUGAGGUGGGCCUAACGGGAACAGCCACAGCUACCAUUACCAUCACAGACAAGAACGACCAUGCCCCUGAGUUCACACAUCCACUGUUCGAGGCCCACGUGCACGAGGGCAUGACCGGUGUGGUGGUCAACCUGACAGUAGAUGAUAGAGACGACCCAGCCACAGGAGCAUGGAGAGCAAUCUACUCUAUAAUCAAUGGAGAUCCUACGCAGAGCUUUGAGAUCCAAACUAACCCAGACAACAACGAGGGAAUGCUCUCCGUUGUCAAGCCUCUGGACUAUGAAGCCACAGCGUCUCACACGCUUUUUUUAUACAUCAAAGUAGAGAACGAGGACCCCCUAGUUCCCGAUGUUGGCUACGGCCCAAGUUCUACAGCCACUGUUCAAGUCACAGUCCUGGACUUUAAUGAGGGUCCCGUCUUCUUCCCUGACCCCCUGACAGUCACCAAGAUGGAGAACAUUCCCGUGGGCAGCUUCGUGGCCUCACUUAACGCGACAGAUCCAGAUAUAUUACAGAUACAGAGCAUCAGGUAUACGAUCCUGCGAGACCCAGCAGGCUGGCUGAGUGUGAACCCAGUCAGAGGAACUGUCAACACUUCAGCCUCUCUGGACCGAGAGUCUCCUUAUGUCCAUGACAAUAAAUACACAGCUGUCUUCAUCGCCACAGACAAUGGAAGCCCGCCAGCCACAGGUACCGGCACAUUGGUCAUCAACCUGGAAGACUACAAUGACAAUGCUCCGUACGUGGUCCCAUCGGUAGCGCGAGUGUGUGAAGAUGCCCACGAUAUGAACGUGGCCAUAGUUGGCGGACGGGACAAGGACCUGCCACCCAAUGCUGCACCCUUUAAGAUCGAACUAGGAAAACAGCCCGGCCUUGAUAAAACAUGGAAGGUUACCAGAGUCAACUCCACACAUUCCCAAAUCAUGCUUUUGCACAGUCUGAAGAAAGCCAACUACCAGGUCCCGUUGCUCAUCACUGACUCGGGGGUGCCACCUCUGUCCAACAACACAGAAGUCAAAGUUCAGGUGUGCGUCUGUAAGAAGAACAGGAUGCACUGCAGCUCCGCUCACUCCCACAGCGCCAGCCUUCUCGUGCUGCUCGCGACACUCCUGCUCACCCUACUCUGUAUCUGUGAAUCUCUGCAUCUAGCGUGA